CAUUCCACAGACAGGAGGCAAAAAAGGGGAGAGAGAAAAUAAGAGAGAGAAGAGAGAGACAGCGGUCGGAAAGAAGAGAAGAGAGGUGGAGAUGGAACCAGAGAGACAAACUUGAAGAGGAGAGAAGAGAGAGAGGUGGCGGCCAUAUUUCAACGGCCUAGAUUUAUCUAAAUCGACCACAUCUCGAAAUCUCUACACUCCAUCUCCAUUUCUAACACUUCUUCUCCGACCACCGCUAUGCGGCGAGGCAGGGCCACCGCGAGAGAUGCCCCACAGCAACAAGAGGUCAGGAAUCAGGGCAAAGAUGUGAGGUUCAGAGGCGUGAGGAAGAGACCUUGGGGCCGUUUCGCCGCCGAGAUCCGGGACCCGUGGAAGAAGACUCGGGUCUGGCUCGGCACCUUCGACUCCGCGGAGGAUGCAGCCCGAGCCUACGAUGCCGCCGCUCGAUCCCUCCGCGGUCCCAAGGCCAAGACCAAUUUUCCGUUGUCAUCUCCGGCGGUUCCGUUGACCGUGCCGUUUCAACAACCGAGUCAAUAUCAGAUUCAAGAUCAGAAUCACAGUCAUCAGCAUCAGCCUCAGAGGCCAACCACGAGCGGUAUGAGCAGCACCGUGGAGUCCUUCAGCGGGCCCAGGCUCUCAAACCCGCCGUCGGCGCCGCCGCGGCCGCGCCUCCGGGCUCCUCCGGUAAACGAUUGCCAGAGCGAUUGCGACUCCUCCUCGUCGGUGAUUGACGAGUGCGACGGCGAUCUCACAUCUUCUUCCCGCAAACCCCUGCCGUUCGAUCUAAAUCUGCUUCCCCCUUCGGAAGAUGAUGAUGAUGAUGAUCUCGAUGCCACGGCUCUGUGCCUGUGAUGCGUUGCUGAAUGGUGCCUUUUUUCUGUGAUUUUCUUUUCUCGGAAAAGAAUAUAAAGAAAAAUGAGUAUUUGGGGUUCUGGAUUCUCUUCUUUGUUAGAUUAUAUGUAGAUUAGUGUUUGUACUCAACGAACUUCAACUUCAUGGGCUUCAAAUGUUGUCUGCCUUGUUGAAAACUUUGAUCAUAUUACAAAGCAAUUGAUCUGAUCUGAUUCUCUUAAUUUAUCUCUCCUUUUUCUCCCUCUUGUAUACAUCAAAAAAAUAAAAGCUCCAAUUUUCUUCUCA